AUGUACAAUGCCGUCAUCCUGCCGACGCUGCUUUACGGAGUGGAGACUUGGACGGUGUACACAAAGCAGGCACGCCGUCUGAACCACUUCCACCUCAGUUGUCUUCGUCGUAUCCUGCAGCUGAACUGGCAGGAUCGAAUCCCCGACACUGAUAUGCUGCAACGAACGGGAAUGCUCAGCAUCUACUCCAUGUUGAGACAAAUGCAGCUGCGCUGGAGCGGCCACCUGGUGCGCAUGGACGUCAAGCGACUACCCAAACGACUCUUCUACGGAGACUUCGCGACGGGUUCUCGUCGUCAAGGAACCCCUAUUCGUCGAUACAAGGAUACUCUGAAGUCCUCCCUGAAGCAUCUGCAAGUUAAUCUGGCCAACUAGUAAGAGCUUGCCCUCGACCGACCGACAUGGAUGAGGAAAGUGAAGACAGCCGCUGCGAUCUAUCAUACCAGCCGAAUCACCGCUACCAAAGUGGAACGCGAAGCAUGCAAAUCACAGCUAUGUCCCGUCCGCCAAGCCGACGCACAACCGCUUAAAACGUGUCCUCUGUGUGAACGGACAUUCCGGGCACGAAUUUGACUCAUUGGACAUCUUCGGACCAACUGCACCUCCCAUACCGUACCAACAGCCGUCCUUCCUCCCGUCUCUUUCUCGCCCUCUCCGCCGCCAACUUACUCUGACAAUUCGUCUGAGCCGGCACUCCCUUUAUCCUCCUCCUCCUCCUCCUCCUCCUCCUCCUCCUCCUCCUCCUCUUCCUCCAGCUCCCUCUCUUGUGCCACUGCACCUACCGCGGCCGCUCUGGUGUCCGUCACUCACACCAGCAUCCCACACAUACAUGACACAACGACAGACACCAUCCCUCCAACCUCCGACUUCAGGGGUGACGACCAGGUCUACACCUGCCCUCACUGCGACCACACCUUUACCUCACACAUCGGCCUGGUCGGUCACUUGCGAAUCCAUCGCACAGUGACUGGCGAACCAGUGCUAGGAGCACCAACUUACACCCACCACACUCGCCUCCGCUGCCCGCACUGCCCUCGCACCUUCACGCAUCGCAUGGGCAUAUUCGGCCACAUGCGCAUCCUCGACGACCUGCGGUAG